ACCCGGUUCCCGCGGGUGGUCCCCAUGCCGUGCCCUCGGCCGCCCUGGCUCCGCCGCCCGCGUGCCCCCCAGGGCAGCGCAGAGGACGAAGAUGGGGAGGAGGAGCGGGACGGCAGCCCCAGCGCCGGCCCCAUGCUGUCCCCCGCGUCCCCCACCGAGUGCCUCAUCUGCGUGUCACCCUUCGACGGCACCUUCAAGCUGCCCAAACGCCUGGACUGCGGCCACGUCUUCUGCCUCGAGUGCCUGGCACGCCUGUCCCUGGCCACGGUGGGCGGCGGCGACGCGGUGUCCUGCCCGGUGUGUCGCGCGCCCACGCGCCUGGUGCCGCGCCGAGGCCUCCCGGCUCUGCCCACCCUCGCUGCGCUGCUGCCCCGGGACGCGCGGCAGGCCGCCUCGGUGCGCUUCGACCGGCGCCGCGGGCUGCUGUACGUGCGCGCGCCNNNGCCCGCGCCCGCGCCGCCGCCGCCGCCGCUGCGCCUGGGCCGUCCGCUCUCUCGUCGCCUGUCGUUCCGCAGCCCGGCCUGGGCCCUCAACGCAGCAGUGGCUCUUGCUGCACUGGUGGCCGCGGGGCUGGUGGUCUCGGCCGUCUACAUCUUUUUUCUCAUCCCGCGCGCCGGGAAUCCUGCGCGCCCGCAGCUCGUGGUGCUGGGCCCGGUGCCCGCGGCGCCCUGGACUCCGACCUGGACCCCAGCCAGGACGACGGAGGCCGCGGAGGGGAAGUCGGAGAGGACCUGGGGACCCAACCUCGGGACUUGGGAAGCAGAGCGUGAGAUGCGGGGAGCAGAGCCAGGAGCUGAGGCCGGUCCCAGCAGGGCCCCACGGGCACGCGGUGGCAGGAAGGCCAGGGGAAGUUGGUAAUGGUAAUGGUGCUGUCCUCAGGGCCUGCGGCUGCGGUCAUCCUGUUGGCCCUGGGCAGGUUGUAUGGCAGGCACCCCUUAAGUGGGAGCACGAGGGGCUGGCUGGGUGUCCCCACCACUGUCACUGGGAGCCACGAACCACAGCGUGGAGAAACUGCAGUCAUCAUGGCCGUCAAGCAGAGGGUGCCCAGCCCCGACCUUGGAAGGGUGCUGCCUGCUGGGGUAGCCGUCACUGUCAGCAUCGUCACAGAGCCCGGGGGGAGCAUCAUCCUGCACUUCUGGAGGUUCUGGCCCAUGAGUCCCUCAGGCCACUACAGGUGACUGCCUGGAUCACCGCUUCUACUCCCUGGACAUCCGGAGACAAUGGUCCCACAGCUGGUCUGUGAAAUUGCAUGUGUACUUCCUGCAGGCUGGGCCUAGGUCCACAGCUGUGACCUGCACAACUGGCUGGAACUCAGGCCUUGAGGGGCAGAGGUGACCUGGCUGGGGCUGGGGAGGGCCCUGCAUCCACCCUGGGCCCAAGAUCCACACUGCUGUAGCACUUUCCCCGACUUUCCCCUCUGCAUCCUGGCUUCCAGAUCUCAGUGGCCAAACUUCCUGGCUAGCUGGAGAGAUCCUGGCCUGCCUGCCUGGUGCCAGAGCCCCAUCUUCCCCAGUGACUGACUCCUCCUGCAGGACUCCAUCAGCCCUGCCCUGUCUAUCUCUUCUUGUCUCAGCCUCCCCAGUGUGCAGCAGACGGCAGGGAACAGAGCGCUCAGGUUUCUGCCUUCUCCCAUAAGCCUUCCUGGCAUUUUUCAGAAAUGUAGACUUCUUUGCAGCGGGAAGCUCCUGCUGAUUGGUCACAUGUGUUAGGCGUCCCUGCCACAGCAUGCAGUGGGUGCUGAUGGGUUAUGACAGGGUGUGACAGCAUCUCAAGUGGCUGACAGGAGCUUGGGAAGGCCUGUGGGCACCCAGGCCUGCAGGCUCCCAGCGCCCUGGGCCCAGGCAUGUCUACAGACCUAGCUAGGUGCAAGCUGCUGCUUCCUGCUGAUAGCCAGAGAAACAUCAGGAGUCCCGGGACCUGUCUUCCCAGACAGGCUCCCGGCCAUGCCUGCUGCCAGCGGCACUUCCUGGGUCAUAGGGAAGCCUCAGCCAGCCUCACAGUAGGGGAGCUCGGUCUGCAGGUGGUAGCCAGUUAGUUGUCUCUGGCUACUGUAGAAAAUUAACCCCAACUCAAAGCCUUGUAAUAACAGACAUUAUUUACAAUAUUUCCACUCUCCACUACUGGGGAUUGAACCCAAGGCCUUUGCACUGAGCUGUAACCCCAGCCCUUUUUUAUUUUUUGAGACAAGAUCUUGCUAAGUCCUAAGUUACCCUGGCAGAGUUUGAACUUAGGGAUUUACCAAGCUGCCACCUGGCCACAACAGGUCCAUUUGCCUUUGUGCAAGCCAUGCCAGCUGCCAAAAUGCCAGCUCCUAGGUGUGCUUGAGCGUACAGAUCCAAGGUCCCUCCUCCGGGCAGCCUUCCUGGACCACUGUAAGGCAGAGCCUCCUCCCUUUCCUCCUCCUUUCUUUCUCCAGCCUCCCAGCUGGGAGCCUGGGGCCUCAUUCUCUCCUUCCCUAAAAGGAGGCUGAGGACAACAACUACCUCAGUGCCUCCCUGCCCCACAAGGGCUGCGGGGAGCCGGCUUCCCCUUCCAUACUCUCCUGGGCUCCAGUUGCAUCCUCCCUCUGCCCACUCCAUGCCCGGUGCAUCCCCUCCCACUAGUACCCUGGUCUUGACACCGGGCCUCUGCUCGCUGCUCCUCCCAGGAGGAGGGGGCAGCCUGAGUGUCUGGCUCAGGCCCGGUAUGGGUAGGGGUUAGUUCUCCUUUCUGAACAUGGGCAACAAUAAAGCCACUGCUUUCCCAGAA